AUGUGGGGAUACCUGUUUGGAUCAGGAGCCAAGAAAGAUCAGGCCAAGAACUCGAUUAUCUCGUUACGAGAACAGAUAGAUACUCUAUCGAAGCGAGAGAAACAUUUCCAGAAGCAGAUUGAAGAGCUCGAAGCCACUGCCAGAAAGAAUGUCACGACCAAUAAAGCGGCUGCUCGUACCGCAUUGAAACGGAAGAAGGAGCGAGAGGCCGAUUUGGACAAGACCCAGGCGCAAAUCGACUCGCUCCAGCAACAACUGCAUGCUAUUGAAAAUGCCAAACUCAACUACGAGACUAUGAAGAUCAUGUCUCAAGGAGCUCAAGCCAUGAAACACAUUCACGGCAACAUGAACAUUGACAAGGUCGAUGCCACUAUGGACGAUAUUCGCGACCAAGUGGCACUCGGAGAAGAAAUCUCCGACGCCAUUUCACGACCACUGGGCCAAGAAGUGGACGAAGACGAUCUCAACGAAGAACUCGAGGCUCUGGAGCAAGAAGCCCUCGAUGCCAAGAUGGUCAACGCCGGCAAAGCACCAGUGCACAACCUCCCCACACAGCAAUUACACGAGCCGGAACCAGCCGUCGAAGAAGACGACGAGGAAGAAGAGCUGCGCAAACUGCAAGCCGAAAUGGCCCUAUAA